GCCUUCCUCUGCCCUCGAAAUCUUCGGAGCCAAGGCUGUCUUUUUCCUUCCAGUGCUGGGAGGCGAAGGGUGUUCUUCCGCAGGGAGUGGGGCCCGUCCCCCCCUUGUAGGGAGUGCCAGGCGCUCUGCAGGAAGGCUUUGGAGCAUUGUUAGAGCGCAGGGAGCAGCAGGAGCAGAAAAAUGAAGGCAGGCUGCCCCAUUGUGGAGAAGCCAGAGGGCGGAGGAGGCUACCACUUCCCGGACUGGGCCUACAAGACGGAGUCCAGCCCAGGCUCCCGCCAGAUCCAGCUCUGGCACUUCAUCCUGGAGCUGCUGCAGAAGGAGGAGUUCCGGCACGUCAUUGCCUGGCAGCAGGGGGAGUACGGGGAGUUUGUCAUCAAGGACCCCGACGAGGUGGCGCGGCUGUGGGGCCGGAGGAAGUGCAAGCCACAGAUGAACUACGACAAGCUCAGCCGGGCCCUCAGAUACUACUAUAACAAGCGCAUCCUCCACAAGACGAAAGGGAAGAGGUUCACCUACAAGUUCAACUUCAACAAGCUGGUGAUGCCCAACUACCCCUUCAUCAACAUCCGGCCAACAGGUGUCGUCCCCCAAAGCGCCCCUCCUGUCCCGUCGGCCUCGUCCCACUUCCAGUUUUCCCCACUGGACAGCCACUCGCCCACCGAGGACGCCCAGCCCAGCCGCUUCUCCGGCCGGCCCCUCGCCUCGUCCGGCCAGGAGACCCUGAACAACGGUGGCCGCGGCGAGAAGUCUUCUCCAGCUCCAGAGCUGGAGGGAGGGUCUCCGGACUGGCGCCACGGAGUGGACCUGCUGGCAUCCCGCAAUUCCGCCGCUGCCGCUGCUUCCGCAGGUGGGGUGAGCCACCAGAAGCGCAAGCCGGACUUGGUGCUGCCCCUCUUUGGACGGUCGGGGGUGUACCCCGACCCGCAUAGCCCUUUUGCCGUCUCCCCACUGCCGACCCGUGGAGGGGUCUUGAAUGUCCCCAUCUCGCCGGCCCUGUCGCUGACCCCCACCCUCUUCUCGUACAGCCCCUCCCCGGGCAUGAGCCCCUUUGCGGUGGGGGGCAGCUGCUUCUCCUUCAACCCCGAGGAGAUGAAGCACUACCUCCACUCGCAGGCCUGCUCUGUCUUCAACUACCACCUCAGCCCGCGGACUUUCCCCCGCUACCCGGGCCUUCUCAUCCCACCCUUCCCCUGCCAGCUGCCUCCGGAGGACCCGGCCCAGUUCCCCAUCAAGCUGCAGCCCCCGCCUGUCGGCCGCAAGAACCGAGAGCGGCCGGAGAGCGGCGGCAGGCCCGGGGCCCCUCCGCCAUCCUCCCCCCAGAUCAAGGUGGAGCCCCUGCUGGACCGCCAGGAGCCCGAGGGCAGGGAGUCCCCAGGGAGAGAGGGAGGGUGCCAGUCAGCCUCCAAGUCGCCCACCUGCAAGAGCGCCCAGGAACAGCGGGAGAAGACCCUCUUUGCGCGGCCCGUGGCCCCCUCCUGGCCGCCGGCGGCAGCUACAGCGGCUCACCCCCCAGCGCCCUCCCAGGCUGACCUUCUGGCCGACGAGAAGAAGCCCAAGCAAGAGGACGUCUCGGUUGAGAAGCCCCCGCGACAGACGAUGGGGGAGCCAGCGGGGGCCCCGGAGAAGAGGGAGGACUCCGCUGCUGUGAUGCCCCCCAAGCUGCGCCUCAAGCGGCGCUGGAUCGACGACCGGCAGGCGGAGGGCCUCAAGGAGGAGCAGGGGGGCAGGAAGCCCUACUGGGGAGCCCUGGACACCCCACACAUCCUCCUGGCCCCCAAAGCUGCCGUGGAUACUUAGGACUGUAGAGGCCCCAUGGCAGUGGCGGCGUUUGUGUGUCUGCUUUGUAACGUAGCAAGAUUUGCCUAGCCAGGUGGGAAGGGGACCGAGAGGAAAAGGAGGAGUGGGGAGGCUAGAAUGGUUUUAUGAAUUCUAGGGGUGUGUGUGUGUGUGUCUGUGUGUGUUGC